GGGUACGGCGCCGUGUCAACUACGCGGACGACUCGGGAUCUUGCCCUAACCGCGGCACGCCGUCGAUCGAGAGGGGGUGGGCCUGCAGGCAGGCGGCCGUGCGUGCGUGGAAACCAUGGAAGAAAGGAAGCAACGUUUGGUGCUGAACCUGCCCCCCGGCUACCACUUCGCGCCGACGGACAUGGAGCUCAUUGUCCACUACCUCCGCCGGAAGAUGGACGGCCACCCGCCGCACCUGCCCAUCUUCAAGGACGUGCCCAUCACCGACUACCGCCCGGAGCAGAUCACAGAGGUGUUCAUGGACUGCGGGGAGGAGCGGUGGUACUUCUUCACCAAGCGGACCCGCAAGUACGCGACGGGCAAUCGGCCGGACCGGACGACGCCGGGCAGGGGCUACUGGAAGGCCACCGGCCCUCAGCGUCUGAUCCGCACCGGCCCCUCGAAGGCUUACCCGCUGGUCGGGCGCCGGAGGACGCUCGUGUUCUACACCGGACCCGACGAGGCGGCCAAGACCGCCUGGACCAUGUACGAGUACGAGAACCUCACGUCCGAGGAGGAGGCCAACGACAAGAACGCCGACAAGCUUGGCGAGUGGGUGCUGUGCACGAUACAGAGGCAGAAAAACCAGCGCAGCGCCGACGACACGAUCAAGGGCAAGGCGGGCGGGAGGAAGAGGAAGGGCAAGGCACAGAAGGGAGCUGAUGAUCAAGUCCUCCAGAUUCAGGGAACCCAGGAGGUGGCAGAGAAAGUUGAUGAGACGGACAUGUUUGAGUUGGAGCAAGCCAGCCGCCCCAACAAGAGACCACAACUGAUGCAGCAGCAGCAUGAUGAACCGGCACCGCCACCGCCAUGCCCAGAGACGAUGAUACCAGCACAAGACUGUGACUACGGUCCAGGCACCGCGCCGCCGUCGCAGGAACCGCCGCCGCAGCUCUCAGAUUCAGAGAUGGUAGAUCGUCCUGGUGUUUCAUGCUACGGCUUUGAUGAGUCCAUGCUGCUGUCGCUGCUGGAAUAUGAGACGAUGGCGCCUCUACUUCUAGGACUAGGAUACAACGACUACAGCACGACGCCGUAUCAGCCGGCCACCAGCUACCUAGAUGCUCCAGCGGCGCCUCUUGGAGCAUUCAGUUACGGUUAUGGCAGCGCUGCACAUCAACCAGCGGGUCACCUAAACAACGGUGCGUACGCCGGCGGUCAUCCCGGUGGCCUUUUGGGCACCAGCAACAGCACAUAUAGUUACCCGCAGCAGCACUCCUACGCCGCUGGCAGCAGUUCAUCUACUUACCUGCAGCAGCAUCCACACGCCGCCGGAACCAACAAGUUGGCCCCCAGCAGCAGUACAUAUACUUACCAGCAGCAGCAUGCACACGCCGCUGGAACAACCAAGGCCGCCGGAACCAACAAGUUGGCCAGCAGCAAUGGUACUUACCAGCAGCAGCAUUCAUACGCCGCCGGAACCAACAAGGCUGAUGGAACCAGCAAUCUGUCCAUCAGCAACAGUACAUAUACUUACCAGCUGCAGCAGUCAUGCGCCGCGGGAGCCAACAAGUUGGCAUUGGUCAGGGGAGCGAUGAGCAGCGGCAUUGGUAAAGGGAGCGAUGUGCAGCUACAGGUAGAGCUGUGAGACGGAUGGCAGGAGCCAGAGAAAAGAUUUGUCAGAUGGUUAGGGGAUAUAUGACUUGCAGCGGAGAGCACUCACUAGUUGUCGUCAACUCGCCGUUAGGGCUAGUAUUAGUAGUUUAGUAUGCUUUAGGAUUGUUCGGAGAAAAAGUUAGUCAAAACAUAUUCAUAUGGGAGCAGUUUGAAAGUUCAUCUGAUUCAAUUAAUUAAUAAAAUACAGCUAUUUAAAUAAAAGGAUCCUACGU